AUGGCGGUGGUGUGGUGGCUUCUGCAGCUGUUGGCAGCCCUGGUGGCCGGGCUGUGGUGGGCGUGGCUGCGGCGGCCGCGGUGCGACGCGCCGGGGGAUCCCCCAGUCCCUCUGUUGGGGAACCUCAUGCAGCUGGGGAACCCCAGGACCAGCUUCCGCACCCUCUGUCGCAUGCAUGCCGUUCACGGGUCCACAUUCUGUAUCUACGUGGGCCCCAUCCUGUACGUGGUCGUCGCAGAACCCCGCGAUGCCGAGCUGCUGCUCGGCUCCACCAAGAUAGUCGACCGCACCCGCGACUCCCCCUACCUGCACAACAUGGUCAGCGUCUUCUUUGGCGAUGGACUCUUCAGCAAGAGGGGCGACCAGUGGCGGGCUCACCGCAAGAUCAUUUCGCCCACAUUCCAUCUGCAGAUUCUGGAGCAGUUCUUGGAGGUUUUUAACGCGGGCGCUGAGGUUCUGACGAAACGCCUGGCCGCGACGUGUGGGCAGGAGGUGUACCUGUUCCCCCUGGUGUCCCUGACCACGCUGGAGAUGAUCGUGGAGACCGCCAUGGGAAGCACGAGUGCGGAUGACGGGGCAGACGGGGGCCCGACCAACCGGGACUUCGUGGCCGCCUUGUCUGAGGCCGUCCGCCUUGUGCAGGAACUGACAGUGCGGCCCUGGUUGCGGGUGAAAUGGCUGACACACCUAACGCGCACCGGCAGGGAGACACGGCGUGUGGUGGCAACACUGCGGCAGUAUGGCGACCGUCUGGUGGCUCUCAAGAGGCGGCAACUGCGUGGUGGCGUGGCAGCCGACCAGAGUCAGUCGACGCCUAACAAGAAGCGUCGGCUUGCUUUCCUGGACAUGGUCCUCUCCUCGGGUGGGGGACUACUCACCAGCAAGGAGAUCUACGAUGAGGUGUACACACUAAUCUCAGCUGGCAACGAGACGACAGCAAAUACCAUCAGCUUCACAAUGGCGCUCCUGGCUCUACACCCUGAGUGGCAGCAGGCGGUGCACGCUGAACUCGACGCCGUGUUCGACGAGGGGGGCGAGGGCAAGAACUGCCACAGGCCAGCUACUCCACAGGACCUUGCGAAACUGCAGGUGCUCGACCGGGUCAUCAAGGAGACACUGCGGAUGUUCCCGGUGGCCCCGCUGCUGCCACGCCAUGUGCCACAUGACCUGGUGCUGCCGUCCACUGGGUACAGGCUCCCUGAGGAUAGCAUGGCCGUCGUGUUCAGCUACUUCAUGCACAGGAACGCCAACUACUUCCCGGAGCCGGACAGGUUCGAUCCGGACCGCUUCCUGCCGGAGAACUGUGUGGGUCGCCAUCCCUACUGUUAUGUGCCAUUUGGUGCUGGGCUGCGCAGCUGUGUGGGCAAGCGUUAUGCAGUGAUGCAGGUGAAGACCUUGCUGGCAGCUGUGCUGAGGAAGUUCUUUGUGCUGCCAGUUUCCACGAUGGAGGAUCUGCACGACCUCGCCCUCUCCAUCGUCAUCCACCCUGUCAGUGGCAUGCGAGUUGUCUUACAGGAAAGGCAUCACCACGAUCACAACCCAUCACCACCGCUUGAGAGAGCUACUGGGCUCAUCUAA